AUGCACUGUGGAAGACAGGGUGGAGCAAAGGAGGAGCGUGACUGUGCGGUAGUUCGGCCCACCGAGCCAGCUCACCGGAUGUCCCGUUCUUCAAAUCGUGGCCACAGUGCUCAUUCAGCCACACCGCAGAUUCCAUGUUGCACAACAAUCUUAUCAAGUUUCAUGGAAACAAUAAGCGGAUUACCGAUGGCAAGUAUAGCCCAAACAGUGUCCAGCAGUAACCAUAUCCCUGCAUUUAUUCCAGCUUUCCUGAUGGAUAACACUGUAAAGGUGGUGAACGAACACAUGCAGCUGUCACAAGAUAUGUGUUUGAGAACACUAACGAUAGCCCAACAAUUGCGCGAUAUGGCUGACAAGUUCGAGCACCAGUAUAUGAUGGCUAACGAGCCAUCAUGCGCAGCUAUGCCUUUAUCAUCGCCGCGGCCAGUGGUUAGAAUUUAUAGCAUUAUCAGACCGAUUGUGUCGCCACUUGGAUAUCCGAGCCAGACCCGCGCACCACUGCUGGCUUAG